GCCUUUCGCUCCAGGCUCUCGCGGGGCUGCUGUGCGAAGAUGGCGGCCGAACUGGUAGAAGCGAUGAACAUGGUGAAGAGUUUCCGGGUGUCUGAUCUGCAGACGCUGCUGGCCUCAAUGGGCCGCAGUAAAAGCGGAUUGAAGCAGGACUUAGUGGGAAGAGCUCUUAGGCUUGUGCAGACCGAAUACAGUCCGGAGCUGCUAAAGAACGUUCGACAGCUCUAUGAGACGCGCUUCCCCAAAGCCUCGGCCUGGCUGGCAGCCCGGCGGCCUGAGUCCGUGCCUGUAAACUACCCUGCCCUUAACUCCUCGCCCAGAGGCACGGCCCAGGGCACCGACUACCUCAACGGCAUCCCCAAACCGGCGCCGCCUCCUGCAGCAGAAGUCAAAUUGGUGCCCCUGCCGUUCUACCACAACCUAGAAACGCUGCUGCCACCCACAGAACUAAUCGCUCAGAACAGCGAGAAGCUGCAAGAGAGUCAAUGCGUUUUUGAAUUAACACCAAGUCAAGUGGAACAGAUCCGGAACUCUAGUGAACUUCGCCCAGGAAUGAAAUCAGUUCAAGUGGUUCUCAGAAUCUGCUACACAGACUCUAUCGGUGUUCAGGAGGACCAAUAUCCUCCCAAUAUUGCUGUGAAAGUGAAUCAGUCCUACUGUCAUGUACCGGGUUACUAUCCCUCCAAUAAACCGGGUGUUGAGCCACGUCGACCCUGUCGACCUGUCAAUAUCACGCCAUGGUUACACCUCUCCACAGUCACUAACAGAGUCACCAUCACAUGGGGCAACUUUGGAAAGCGGUACUCGGUGGCAGUGUACCUAGUGAGGGUGUUCACAUCUGGAGAGCUCUUCAACCAGCUGAAGCAUUGCUCAGUUGAGAGUCCCGAUCGUUGUCGCGAACGCAUUCAAGAUAAGCUACGCUUUGAUCCUGAAAGUGAGAUCGCCACUACAGGACUGCGAGUGUCCCUCAUCUGUCCUUUGGUAAAGAUGAGACUUGGAGUGCCAUGUCGAGUGCUCACCUGCGCCCACCUGCAGUGUUUUGACGCUGUCUUCUUCCUGCAAAUGAAUGAAAAGAAACCCACAUGGACCUGCCCCGUAUGCGACAAACCUGCGCCCUUUGAGCUUCUAACUAUUGAUGGGUUGCUGUCCGAGAUCCUUAAAGAGACGCCAGAGGAUGUGGAGGAGAUCGAGUAUUUGACUGAUGGCUCAUGGAGGCCAAUCAGGGACGACAAAGAGAAGGAAAGAGAGCGGGAAAACAGCUGCACACCUGACUAUCCUGUGGUGGAUAUAUGUGUUCCUGAGGCGAACGGCCACUCCCCAGCACACAGCGGCACAAACCAGACCGGCAAGCCUGGAUCAGGUGGUGCGUCGGCAGGAACCGGCGGCACCAGUACCGGGUCGGGAGGCGGAGUCGUGGUGGAUCUGACUCUGGACGACUCGUCAGACGAAGAAGGAGGGGGCGGAGCUGAGGACAGCGAGGACACGGACGACAGCCAGGACAGCCCCGCCCCUAAACGGGGCAGAUAUGAUUAUGACAAAGACCUGGUCACCGCAUACUGAGGCCAGCAGGACACUAAGACUUGUUGGGGGGAGUGGGUUGUAGAUGGGAUCUGAGCCUUGGAAAGUCAAGAAACGUGUCCCCAUGUCUUCUCCCAAACGCAUACACACUCAUGCAUGCACACAGACAUGCACACUCAUGCGCUGCUGACCUCUGGAGCAGUCGGGCAUCACAUUGACAAACUCGUAGAUGCCCCGUAAAGCCAUUCCCAAUCAUUCACUGCAUCUCAAUACUGUAUUCUCCCUUUAAAGACCAUGGAAGAGUAACACCACCUUCAGUUCUACUCUAUCGUCCUCGACUUCCUCUCCACUUUGUGUUCUGACAGGUUUAACCAUCCUGGGCAUUUAAGAUCUUGCCAGUUUUAGUUUUAUGCAGAGCUGUUCAGGCCUUCAAAACAUUGUGAGACAAGCCACAGUAUCUCAAAAACCUUCAUUCCUUCGGGUUGAGAUCAUCCAACCUUUUGAAACCUAUUUAGAGGCGUUUUCUGUUAGUCCUCUACAUAGGAUGUUUAUGUUAGGUGUUCGUUUUAAUGUGAUUUGGAGACAUUACUGAUGAAUUUCCAUCCCUCUCAUUUUUUUAUUUUAUUUUUUUUAUUUGUCCACAGAAGUUGACAAGCUACCUCAAGUCUAACAGCGAACUUGACCAGAGGGUUUUUUUUUUUUGUAGUUUUGUUUUCAAUCCCUUUUGUUUUUCAUGUGCAGCAACACUGGAGAGGCAUCAUGCAUUGCUCAUUAUUUUGUGCUUGCCCAUUUAGGCAUCAUAUUAAAAACGAUUCUGACUCGAGCAAAGAGUUUCCGGUCAAGUCUGUCGGUCAACUAGUGUGUACUGACUGAAUGUAGUAUGCUAAUCGACACUCGGUUCAGAAAGAAUGACAUUUCAACAUCAACGGUCCUUUUGCGAUGCUUGUCAGCGAGUAAAUACUGUACGAUUGCUAAUGUAAUGUAUUAUUUCUGAUAAUUUCAUAGAAAAUUGCAGGUCUCAAUGCUCUCAAAUUUAUUGCUUUCUUUCAGUCGUUUUGGUCUGUACUAGGCUGCUGAAGUCAUGACUUCACAAAGGCAGAGCAAUAAAUCAGUUGGAAGAGAGGACAAAGAGUUGUUUUAGGUUUCUUUUAGACAUGACUGUAGUAAAUUAGGUUUAUUUAGCAGGGGAGCUGCCGUUAUUGGCAAUAUACCUGAAAUUUAUUUGCCUAAACUUAAAACCAGAUUUUUCUUCACUUUACAAUUUUCUUUUUUUUUUUUUCAGUUUAGAUUAAUGGCUGAUUUGUUUGAGCCCAUUGUGUGGAGGAUGUUUGUGUUCAUUUCAGCCGGUUGAAGAGGUGCUGACAUUUGCAUAUUGUUUUGUGGACUUCACAACAGGUGCCGAUAUUACAUGCUCUUUAAUUUGUCGCCAGAACGUGUAUUUAUUGAUUUAACAGUUUUUGCCUCUUUUAUUUAAAUUAAGUUUGGUAUUUUUCUGCUUUUUAUGAGGCAUUUCACAGCAAUUUCAUGAGUUUCCAGCAUGUUGCUUUGUGAUGGUAGAUAACGCUGUGUCUUCUCACGGCCUGCUGUUGUAUGCGCACAUUCAGCCAUUUGCAACAGUCCGAACAUAAGGGGGCUUAGUCAGGACAAUGCAGACUUGACCUAAACCUCGGAAGAAUUAAACUCCCGCUAAACGACCAAACACAAAUGGCACAUCCAGACAGCUGAUCUGUUGAGGAGGACUCAGGGAUGACGUGUUCUACUUGUCUUUACAUUUUCUUCUCAGUCAAACUUGACACUCGAACCAGGUUCCAGCAUCGUGUACACAAUAUUACCUUCACCAUCAGGUCGCGUAGGGCAGUCUAGGUUUCUGAUCUGGAAAUUAAGAUGUAUAUCUGUGUGUAUAGCUUAUUUUGUUGUCCUCCAAGGUUUCAGAGAAAAUCACUACUAAGCUCACUAGUGGUAAAUUUAAAGUUUUUUUUUUUCUUCCUUUUUUCAACUAAUCCUGAAUUCUGACUUGAAUACUCAGUACUGUAUCCUAUCUGUGGUUGGGAAUUUCUUAAAAUAAGAAUACUGCCAUGAAGGGUUAAAUUACUUGUAAUUUUAGGUUCGUCUUUGAGUCGGCAUGGUCUUCCAUCUUCUCUUCAUGAUAGCCCAAUUUUUUCCCCUUUUCUUUAUAAUUUUAAAGAGUAAACAGUGCUGCAGUUGACAGUUUCACAUAAUAAGCUCUUAAUGUAGUAUGUUCCUCUAAAUUUGGCCACACUUUUGUGAUUUUUUCACAUUUAAGGUAAGGAACUUCUAUAGACUUCCAUCUUUAGAUACCUAGAACGAUCUAUUAGAUGUAGAUAAAAUGUACAUUUGCUUACAAUGAAAAUAUAAAUGGAUGGUGAUUGAUGACAAUAUAUUUCCAGCUCAGAGGUGAAGACGGCCUCUAUGUAGCCAGGUGAGGUUGAAGUGGGUUUUUUUGGGGGGAAUGGAGGCAUCCCCUCCUAUUACAGUGCUUAAGACAGCAUGGGCAGUGGCUUGCAGUUCUUGAUGUAAAUGUUUUGUUUGUGUCUUUUAUAUGUUCAUAUUAAAAGCCAAUAAAAAAUAAUAAUAUUUUAUCAAGUUUUGAAUUGCCUCCAGUUGCUCCAGUGGGCGGGCA